GCAGUAUUCAGGACCUGGGGAGUGCUGAGGCUGUCUGUCUCCAGUCAAGCGGGCUUGGAAGAUACUUGGGCCGUUGCAGUACUGGACAUGAUACAUCCCAAUUUUAGGGAUGGAUCUGGGUCUCUGCAGCGUGGAGCCAGGGCAUGAAUUGUCCCCUCGUGUCACCGUUUCUACUGUCCGAUCCUCACUGAGGAAGCAGAGAGGGCAGCAUGUGAUGAGACGGAGGAAGAUCAGUCAUGCGAGAGUGAAAGGAAAAGGUCAGCUGAAGCUGUCCAUCGACGUGCAGGGCGGGUGUCUCAUGCUGCACAUUAUGGAAGCAAAAGGCCUGAUGGGCAAAGAGUACCGGACGUGUGAUUCUUACGUGAAGAUGUCCAUAGUACCGGACACUGAUCGGAAAUGCAGGCAAAAGACCAAGACUGUGCCGGACAGCAAAAAUCCCGUCUUCCACGAGCACUUUCUCUUCCCAGUUCAAGAGGAAGAUGAACAAAAGCGUCUUCUGGUUACAGUCUGGAACCGCGAGAGGAAUUCCAGACAGAGUGAACUGAUUGGCUGCAUGAGCUUUGGAGUGAAGUCUCUCUUGACCCCAGACAAGGAGAUCAGUGGCUGGUACUACCUCCUUGGUGAGGACCUGGGCAGGACUAAACACCUGAAGGUGGCCAUGCGGCGUCUGAAGCAGAGCAGAGAGCUAUUGCUGGCAAACCAGAGAGCUGUGUUGCAGAACCAGGACACUGAGAACAUGGAGCACCUCAAGAUUACAAUCCCUCGAGGAAGGGAUGGGUUUGGCUUCACAAUCUGCUGUGAUUCUCCUGUCCGUGUGCAGGCUGUGGACUCUGGUGGUCCAGCAGAGAAGGCUGGUCUGCAGCAGCUGGACACGGUGCUGCAGCUGAAUGAGCAGCCUGUCGAGCACUGGAAAUGUGUGGAUCUCGCUCAUGAAAUCCGGAACUGUCCCAAUGAAAUCAUCCUGCUGGUUUGGAGGAUUGUCCCUCAAAUCAAGCCCGGCUACGAAGGCAUGAUCCGGAGGUCUUCUUGCAAGUCCACCUAUGACCUCCAGUCACCACCCAACAAGCGAGAGAAGAACAGCACCAUGCCGUCUCGCCCCGAGCAGCGCCAGAGCUGCCACAUACUGUAUGAUGGCAGUGACGGGCUUGUGCUGAACAACUGGGAGAGAUACACUGAGAUUGGGAAGCGGAGCCAGCACACCAUGCCACCCCUGUCACGAGCAUCCUCUACUGGGGACAAGAACUACAUCAUUUUAGCACCUCUCAAUCCAGGGAGUCAGCUGCUGAGACCUGUUUAUCAGGAGAACAAUGCUUCUGUGGGAAAUGCAAGUAAAGGCAAAUCCCAUACAGGAUCUGGGCGGAAGUCCAGGCUGAUGAAGACAGUGCAGAAUAUGAAGAACUAUGGGAACUACCAGAACUGCACCAUUGUGAGGCCUCAUAUCCCACACUCCAGUUAUGGCACCUAUGUGACACUGGCUCCCAAAGUGCUAGUGUUCCCUGUCUUUGUGCAGCCUCUUGAUCUUUGCAACCCAGCACGGACUCUUCUUUUGUCAGAGGAGUUGCUGCUUCAUGAGGGCAGAAGCAAAACUAUAAAGGUGACCCUUUUCAUCUACUCAGACUUGCUGCUUUUCACUAAGGAGGAUGAGCCAGGGCGCUGCAAUGUGCUGAGGAAUCCUCUCUAUCUGCAGAGUGUAAAGCUCCAGGAAGGUGCUUUGGAAGAUCUGAAAUUCUGCAUCCUCUACCUUGCAGAGAAGUCGGAGUGCUUAUUAAGUUUGGAAGCUUACUCCCAGGAGCAGAAGAAGAGAAUCUGCUGGUGUCUGGCUGAGAACAUCACCAAGCAGCAGCAUCCAGCAACAAAUUCUGCUGAGAGCAAGAUGCUUGAGACUGAAUCUGAGAAGCCAAGGGAAAUGCCUUCUGAGGAGGAGAACGUGGCAGCUGGCAGUGCCCCUCCAGCCACACAGGGCCCUGGUGGUGAAGUGUCUAAGGAUGCUGCCCCAGCUGUCUCAGGUGCCUGUUGGGAGAAAGCAGCAGCAACUCCAGCUGAGAGUGUGAGGGAGCGGCACAGCUCCGGCCCAGCCUUUGUGAUCCCGGAGCUGCGCCUGGAUAGCACUUUCAGCCAAAGCGUGGAGGGUGCUGAGGACAGCACGGUGGACAGGGAGGUGGAUGAGGAGGACGAGGACGAGGACGAGGAGGAUGAAGAAGAGGAUGAAGAGGAUGAGGAUGAGGAGGAUGAUGACAGUGAUGAGCAUUACCUGGACAGAAAUGAGGCCAAGCGCAGCAGCAUGAUUGCGACACCAGGUUGUGAGCCGGUCUACACCCUGAAUGUGCAGAGCUCCCUGCGGCGCCGCACACACAGUGAGGGCAGCCUGCUACAGGAGGCCAAGAGCCAUUGCUUCACUUCUGACACCACGCUCAACUGCAUGGACAUCCAGAGCCCCAAGACCAAUUGGGGCCUGCCUUCUCCCAGGACCCUUAAGAAGGAGCUCACCAAGAAUGGGGGCUCCAUCCACCAGCUCACCCUUCUCUUCUCUGGGAACAGGAAGCAGCUGAGCAGAGCGGACCCUGAAUGUGGUUAUGAGGAUGGGGACGAGGCCUCUCGCAAGAAAAGGAGCAAAAACCUGGCCAAAGACAUGAAGAACCGACUGGGGAUAUUUCGACGACGAAACGAGUCUCCAGGGGCCAACCCCGCCAGCAAGCUGGACAAAGUGCUGAAAUCCCUCAAGCCAGCUCCAGAGGAAGCUCUUAAGUGGGGGGAGUCUUUGGAGAAAUUGCUGCUUCACAAAUAUGGUCUGGCUGCCUUCCGGGCAUUCCUGCGAACAGAAUUCAGUGAGGAGAACCUGGAGUUCUGGCUGGCCUGUGAAGACUACAAGAAGAUCAAAUCUCAGUCCAAGAUGGUGUCCAAGGCCAAGAAGAUCUUUGCUGAGUACAUUGCUAUCCAGUCGUGCAAAGAGGUGAACCUGGACUCGUACACACGGGAGCACACCAAAGAGAACCUGCAGAACAUCACCCGGAGCUGCUUUGACCUUGCUCAGAAACGGAUUUAUGGGCUUAUGGAGAAGGACUCUUACCCCCGCUUCCUCCGCUCUGACUUGUACUUAGAUAUAAUUAACCAGAAGAAAGCCAGUCCCACGCUGUAGAUCCCAAGGAGACUCUCUCUGGGGCAGACUGGGAGCUGUAUGUUUACAUGAAAAUUUAUUGGUGGUGGCCUUCUCUGAGUGGAAUGAAGGGAGCGGGCCUUCCUGUCAGCAUUCACAGCUUCCAAAGCCAUGGCCACGCAGUGGCUAGGCAUGCGGACAGGCAAAGGCAGAGAGCCUGAGGCCAAGGGAACUGGAAAAUCAAGCAGUCUGGUACUGUUCUGUUGCACCAUUCUCCCAGAAUCUCACUGUCUUGCUGGUACGACGCCCUAUGGAAGAACUCUGGCAUGAGUUUUAGCCACGAGGGAAGCUCCCACAAGACUACUGUGAAGCACUGGCCUGAGCUUUGUAUUUUGUUUUGAAGGGUGACAAGUGACCCCAAGUCAGCAGGGAGUGGGGCUUUUGGAUGGGGGUUCUGGCAAGGGGAAAACAACAACACAAACUUUUUUCCUGAACAAGAUGUCUGAACUGGACCAACCCUGGGUCAGUGGGGUGGUUGUGCUUCCCCUUGCCUGGGAGAUCCCACAUUGGCCUAGCCCUGGUGUUCCCCCCUCACGGAAGCAAACAACAGCCCCCAAAUCUGGGGGCAGAAUGGCACUUCCUUCAUUUGUCUGUGGCGAUUGACCCCUUUUGAGCAGCGGGAGCAGGUUCUUUCGCCCUGCACUACAGGCACGCAGUGAAACUGCUUCCCCGCGCCGAUCUCCCACCUUGUGGUUUAUUUAUUGAUCUCCUGUAGUUGGGCGCGUGCUGUGUAAUAGGAACUCCUUGCGUCCCUUUUCCUUUCUUAAUUUACAAGUGCAAUAUUUUUGUGCGUUGCAUCGGAGUUCUGCGGUGGAAUGGAUGCCUAUCUCUCCGGAGACGGUGUACACAAUUGUGUAUGUUUGCAGGUUUUAUCUGACAAAACCAUGUGCUCCCUAGCAGCAGGCCGCUGGGGGAUCCUGGGUGUACAUAUCAUUCUGUGAUGACAGAGGGUUUGACUGUGUAGAUAAUUAGCUGUGUGAAUCGGACUCUCUCACUGCUCUGGAAACGAUGUCGUGUUCUGGGAGGCAUGAGUUAGCGAUAAACCUGACGGAACUGGACAGUGUCUUGUGUCCAAGUGCCCAGUUUACAAUGCAAAGCAUCUCUGCAGCUAGCAAAAACAUGUUGUCAUGGUAUAGUGUAAAUAAAAGGAGAAUAUAAUUUCUUGCA